AUGAAUCCUGAAAGAAGGGGUACUUUUCAGUUCAAAUACAAGAACGUGGACCUUACCAGCCUACAGAAGUUGAGUGCCAAAAUAACACCACUCAAACUCAAUAGCUUCUUCUAUGAUCCAUCUCUACGUUAUUUCACAUUUUCUGACUUCCAAUUGGCUCCUACUUUGGAGGAGGUUGAGAGGAUCAUAGGCCGGAAUUUGAAGGAUCACAAUCCAUUUCCUAAGCUUGAUGAAGAUAUUCCUCCCAAGAGAAUAGCUUCAGCUUUGGGUCUGAAAGUUUCUGAAGUCGUGGAUAAUUGGGAUGUGAAAGGACCUUUCAGUGGUUUUUCUAGGAAGUUCUUAGAAGAUCAGGCCAAGAAGAUGGAAAAAGAAGGAGAUUGGGAAUCCUUCUAUGCUGUGUUAGCCGUGUUGAUAUAUGGGAUAGUCCUCUUCCCAAAUAUUGACCAUUUCGUGGACCACCUGGCGGUGAGAAUUUUCCUCUCUGGUAACCCUGUACCGUUCCUCUUGGCAGAUCUCUACUACACUCUCCAUGAUCGUCAUGAGAGGAAGGGAGGAAUUGUCUUAUGUUGCGCGCAGUUGUUGCACGCCUGGUUUAGAUCCCACAUGCCCGAAGAAGGUCCUUUUGUCUCAAAGGAACUCAAGCCCUUCCAAAAGUUAGCUUCCCUCACUUCCAGUCAUGUUAAGUGGUAUAUCAGAGAUUGGGAAACCGAGAAUGUGAUUGUCAGCAUUGGAGACUUCCCCAAUGUGCCUUUGAUAGGAACCAAGGGUUGCAUCAACUAUAACCCCGUGCUAUCUCUACGGCAGCAUGGGUACCCUAUGAAUGGCCCUCCAGAAGCUAAAGCUCUAGAGCCUUUCAUCUUACAUGGUGUUGAAGCGGAUCAUCCAAUGGUGAAAAAGAUCAAGAGGUCUUGGCAAGCAGUUAUCAGGAAAGGUAAGGAGUUGGAGCCCAUAUUACCUGAAGAUGUGGAGGAGCUCAAUGCCCGUAUCAAGGAGUUGGAGUUGGAAAAUGCUGAUUUGAGAAUCAAGCUUGGCCGAGUCUCGAUAGAGAAUGGGAACUUGAAGGACGAUCAACAAAAGAAGGACAAAGAGCUUGAAGUCUCCAACAAAAGAGCUAGAGAGUCUGAAGCGAGGAGAGAAAAGUUUGGACAAGCACUCUAUAGCACUAAAUCUGUGUUCAAAUCAAAGGAAGAGGAGUUGGAUAGAGCUUUACUCCGGAUUCAAAAACUCAACAAGACUCUGGAACUGACCCUUGAGAUGAAAAGGGAAGCACGGUUGAUUUCCGAGAUUCGUACUCGUGAGCUGGAGAAUACCAUUCAGAAGUAUCAGGAUGCUCUAGAACGUGAGAAGCUGAAGACCGAAGAGUCAGAAAGAGUUUGCACACGGUUGAAGCAUCAUUUGGAUCGAGCCGAUGCUAGAAUCCAAGCACUUGAAGGUGGGGAUCAGGAUGCUGCCUAUAUGGUGUUGCUGAAUGAAUGCAGAUAUUGGAGAAACCUCUAUAGGGACAUAGAGGUGACAAAGGCUGAAGACGUGCGCAUUAUCCAAGAUCUCCAAGGGCUCUACACUGAGUGGAAAGGCAAAUUUUUGAAGCUGUCCGGAUUUGCGAGUUCCAUCAUGCGUGAGCUACCUGAGAAGCUGCAAGAGGCAGAUUGUUUCACGCUGAAUUUUCAACACCAAUAUAAUACUCGUGCCCGAGCUCGUCAAAGGAUGGCAGAUCAAGAGCAUGAAUUGGAGCGAGUGAGCUCAGAGCUCGAAGACCUGCGUGGAAACAUGGGGCAGGUCAUGGAGAUAUUACAGGUCAUCAGGGCAAAGUUAGACACCCAAACAACGAUUGUUUCUGAAAUCGCAGGUCCAUCGAUUGAACCCCAACCUGCGAGGGCGGUACCAACAACCUGGCCAACCUAUGGUUUACCUCCCGGUUUCACGCCUACAGUUGAAGGCGCCCCUGGUUUUGCACCACCUGCUCAGCAGACAGCUCCUCUACCGACCAUCAAUGAAAAUCAUCCAGUGGUUCACACGUUCGCACCUCCUCUCGUUCGUGCACACGUGCAACCCUACUUUGAGGACCAACAACACGCCCCAGACUUUUCAGAUGAAGAUGAGGAAAGGCAGGAGGACCUAAGAGGGAUGAAGGAGAACUACCAGCUGCUUGAGAAGAGAUUGAGGGCUAUGGAGGGCGACCAAGUUUUUGGUGCUACAGCUAAGGAGAUGUGCUUGGUGUCGGGUCUUGUGAUUCCUGCGAAGUUCAAGACCCCAGAUUUCAAUAAGUAUGAGGGCCACUCGUGUCCUAAGAGUCACCUUAUUAUGUACUAUCGAAAAAUGGCUGCGCAUAACAACCCUUUGCCAGCACAUGGUGAUGUCAAUGCCGUCGAAGAUGCUUCUGAUGUGUGUGUAAUCAAUAAUGUGGAGGAUGUUAAAACCCCGUUGCUAGUACUUCAUGCAGGAUUGGUGAGGGCUAGAUUGAUUGAUACCUGUCACGAUAGCUGUGAAGAAUGUGCCAUUCAGCCGAAGGGAUGUAAAGUAGUACAAAAGGAUAUUCAGAACUUGAUGGAUCAAGGCGUUUUGCAAAUUUCUGGUCCAACAAUUAAUGAGGAAAUUUCGGUCAUUGAACCUGUCUUUAACAUACCAGAGCCGUUUGAGGUGACUUAUCACAGGAGAGACGUUAUUCACCCGUCACCUGUGGUGGUAUGCAUGCCUACCCCAUUUCCUUUUGAAAGUACCAAGGCGGUACCCUGGAAGUACGACAUAACAGUGGUGGAUGGGUUGGUAGAUGGAAAACCCGGAAUUGCUGAAAGUAAGGAAGUGAUGGAGAAUAUUGACACUGACAUCACCAAUAUCGCAGGAACAAGCAGAAUGACCCGCAGUGGUCGGAUUUAUACUCCCAAUUUUGAUGUGAACCCUCAAGAGCCAGCAAGGGGAACUGCAAAUGUAAAUCCUACCCCAGAACGUGGAGGGGCACAGCCGGCUUUGCUACAUGAAUAUGUAGAUGUAUUUGCUUGGUCAUAUCAGGAUAUGCCAGGUUUAGAUACUGACAUUGUUGUCCACAAGUUACCAUUACAGCCAGAUUGUCCGCCAGUGAAGCAGAAGCUCCGAAGAGCAAGACCCGACAUGGCUCUAAAGAUUUGUGACGAGGUGAAACGUCAAUUUGAUGCCGGUUUUCUAGCAGUUGCAAAGUACCCUCAAUGGGUAGCCAACAUUGUGCCAGUACCCAAAAAGGAUGGCAAGGUCAGGAUGUGUGUUGAUUAUAGGGAUUUAAACAAAGCUAGUCCAAAGGACGACUUCCCCCUGCCAUAUAUUGACACUCUGGUAGACAACACUGCUAAGUUUGAAGUCUUCUCCUUUAUGGAUGGAUUCUCGGGUUACAAUCAAAUUAAGAUGGAUCCAGAAGACAUGGAAAAGACCACAUUCAUCACCCCUUGGGGAACAUUUUGCUACAAGGUAAUGCCAUUCGGUCUCAAAAAUGCUGGGGCAACUUACCAAAGAGCAAUGGUCACUCUUUUCCAUGAUAUGAUGCAUAAGGAAAUUGAGGUUUAUGUGGAUGAUAUGAUUGCAAAAUCUCAAAGUGAGGAGGAUCACAUAGACCACUUGCAAAAGCUAUUUGAGCGUCUUCGGAAAUUUCGACUACGUCUAAAUCCUGCUAAAUGCACCUUUGGUGUCCGAUCUGGAAAGUUGCUUGGUUUCAUUGUUAGUCAACGAGGAAUUGAGGUAGAUCCAGACAAGGUUAGAGCAAUACAAGAAAUGCCUUCUCCGCGUACAGAGAAAGAAGUUAGAGGAUUCCUGGGACGUUUGAACUACAUCUCUAGGUUUAUAUCUCACAUGACUGCCACAUGUGAGCCUAUCUUCAAAUUGCUUCGAAAAGAUCAAGCAGUUGAAUGGAAUUCUGACUGCCAAAUGGCUUUUGAGAGAAUCGGACAAUACCUGCAAGAGCCCCCUAUUCUAAUUCCACCUGUUCAGGGGAGACCACUCUUUAUGUACUUAACUGUGCUUGAAAAGUCAAUGGGAUGUGUGUUGGGACAACAUGACGAAACUGGUCGAAAGGAACAUGCUAUCUACUAUCUAAGUAAGAGAUUUACCGAUUGUGAAACCCGAUAUUCACUCUUGGAGAAAACCUAUUGUGCUUUAGCAUGGGCCGCUCGUCGUCUAAGACAAUACAUGAUUUGCCACACUACUUUGUUGAUCUCCAAAAUGGAUCCAAUAAAGUACAUCUUUGAAAAGCCUGCUUUGACUGGAAGACUCGCCCGUUGGCAGAUGUUACUAUCUGAGUAUGACAUCCAAUAUGUAUCUCAGAAAGCCAUUAAAGGGAGUGUGUUGUCUGAUUACCUGGCAAACCAGCCCGUUGAAGAUUACCAGUCGUUGAAGUUUGACUUCCCGGAUGAAGACAUUAUGGUAGUGAAAGACUGUGAAAUCCCAGGACUUGAUGAAGGACCUGAACCCGGAUCUCGGUGGAAGCUCAUGUUUGAUGCAAGGUUGUGUUUUGAUUGCACGAACAAUAUAGCAGAAUAUGAGGCGUGCAUCCUAGGCAUUGAAGCAGCCAUUGAUCUCCGAAUCAAAAUCCUUGAAGUAUGUGGAGAUUCAGCCUUGGUGAUAUACCAAGUCAAAGGCGAAUGGGAAACCCGUGACACCAAGUUGAUCCCAUAUCGUGCCUAUGUCAUGGAAUUAAUAAAAUACUUUGACGAAAUCACUUUCCGUCAUAUCCCGAGAACUGAGAAUCAAAUUGCUGACGCUUUGGCUAUGUUGGCUUCAAUGUACCAGGUCAGAUUCCAUAAUGAAGCACCUCUCAUUCAAAUCGAGCGGAAAGUUGAGCCUGCCUACUGCCAGUCAGUUGAAGAGGAAGCCGAUGGUAAACCCUGGUUUCACGACAUCAAGUGCUUUUUGCAAAAUCAAGAAUAUCCAACAGAUGCCACAACCCUUGACAAGAAAACAUUGAGGAAGUUAGCAUCUAAAUUCUUCUUAAGCAAUGGUGUGUUGUACAAGAGAAAUCACGACAUGAUUCUGCUCAGAUGCGUGGAUGGACGUGAAGCAGACCUGUUGAUCAAGGAGAUUCAUGAAGGAUCCUUUGGAACUCACGCCAAUGGGCAUGCCAUGGCCAAGAAGAUUUUGAGAGCUGUAAAUGUUUUGACGUCACCUUGGCCUUUCUCAAUGUGGGGCAUCGACAUGAUUGGCGCCAUCGAGCCUAAAGCUUCCAAUGGUCACCGCUUCAUCCUGGUUGCCAUUGAUUACUUUACCAAAUGGGUGGAAGCCGCCUCUUAUGCUAAUGUGACAAAACAAGUGGUUGCACGGUUUCUCAAGAAAGAGAUCAUUUGCCGUUAUGGAAUUCCAAGCCGGAUCAUCGCAGAUAAUGGGACGAAUCUGAACAAUAAGACCAUGAAGGAAUUAUGCGAGAGCUUCAAGAUUGAGCACCAUAACUCUUCACCAUAUCGUCCAAAGAUGAAUGGCGCUGUUGAAGCCGCUAACAAAAACAUCAAGAAGAUUUUGGUAUAUGGGAUGGAAGCAGUUCUCCCAAUUGAGGUAGAGAUACCUUCAAUGAGAAUCUUGAUGGAAACCAAGCUAGAAGAGGCUGAGUGGAUUCAAAAUAGAUUUGAUCAGUUGAACCUCAUAGAUGAGAAGCGAUUGACUUCUUUGUGCCAUGGACAAUUAUACCAGAAACGGCUUAAAAGAGCUUUUGACAAGAAAGUACGUGUUCGGGAAUUCAGAGAAGGAGACCUCGUACUUAAGAAGAUCUUGCCAAUACACAAGGAUUCACGUGGGAAGUGGACUCCCAAUUAUGAAGGCCCAUAUGUUGUAAAGAAAGUUUUCUCCGGAGGUGCCUUGAUUCUCACAACUAUGGACGAUGAGGAACUCUCACACCCCGUGAACUCUGAUGCAGUUAAAAAA